ACAAGUAGGUUACAUUGAGCAGAAUCAAGAAGGAGGGGAGCCUGUUGUACGUAUCAUUCCAGCUAUAGGCACAGGCUUCCCCAGGGAGUAAUUACAGCUGCAACCACUCAGCAACUGAAAUAGUCCCAGGGUGCAGGAAAAAAUAGAUUUAGAAAACAAGCACUGAAUGUCCAGCUGCUCCAACUACUCCAUAGAGCAAAGGCUAUUAGCACCGAACAGUGAGCUCUGAUCUCUCACUCAGGAUUCACCCCCUCCAUGUGCUCAUGAUCAACUGCAUCCCAACAGCUCCAAUACAUGGCCAAGGCUUCAACAUCGGACAGGACCUGAAUUAAAUGCCUUGAAUUCUUCCAAACCUGCACCCACUCUCUAAAUCAUGAGGCAGAGCCAGGUUAUCCCAAACAGUGCCAACAACACCCCCAAGCAAGUGGAGGUACGAAUGCACGAAAGCCAUUUGGUGACAGAGGAGACACGCCCACGGUCGCCGUGCCUGCGAAUGUGCGACAAAAUUCGAGGGAAUCUCCUGCUUUCCUUGACAGUAUUCGGUGUUAUUAUGGGAGCUGUGUCCGGGGGGCUGCUGAGGAUGGCCUCCCCCAUUCAUCCGGAUAUCAUCAUGGUGAUAGCGUUUCCUGGAGACAUUCUCAUGAGGAUGCUGAAGAUGCUGAUCCUUCCCUUAAUCAUUUCCAGCUUAAUUACAGGACUUGCGGGCUUGGAUGCUAAGUCAAGUGGCCGGCUUGGGACGAGGGCUAUGAUCUACUACAUGUCCACCACCAUCAUUGCUGCUGUUUUGGGCGUCAUUUUGGUUUUGGCCAUUCACCCGGGAGACCCCAAGCUCAAAAAGCAACUCGGGAAAGGUCAAGAGAACGAUGAGGUCUCCAGUCUGGAUGCUUUUCUGGAUCUGAUCCGGAACCUGUUUCCUGAGAACCUGGUGCAGGCUUGUUUCCAGCAGAUUCAAACAGUUACCAAGAAGGUGGUGGUUGAAGCCCCCACGGAGGAACCUUCCAAUGUGACAGACUCUGUCUUCGCUAUGAUGAAUGACACGGUGGCUGCCACGACAGAGGAGAUCAGGAAGAAGCUGGAGUUUAAAGAUGGCAUGAAUGUCCUGGGUGUAAUUGGUUUCUUCAUUGCCUUUGGUAUUGCGAUGGGAAAGAUGGGGGAGCAAGCCAGGCUGAUGGUGGAGUUUUUCAACAUCUUGAAUGAGAUAGUGAUGAAACUGGUGACAAUGAUUAUGUGGUACUCUCCUCUUGGUAUUGCCUGCCUCAUCUGCGGGAAGAUAAUUGCCAUUAAAGACUUGGAGCAGGUUGCUAGGCAGCUGGGAAUGUACAUGGUGACAGUCAUCGUGGGCCUCAUUAUCCAUGGGGCCAUCUUCCUGCCGCUGCUCUACUUUGUGAUAACCAGGAAGAGCCCCUUCUCCUUCUUGGCUGGCAUCUUCCAGGCUUGGAUUACAGCUCUGGGCACAGCUUCCAGUGCUGGAACUCUACCUGUUACCUUCCGUUGCCUGGAGGAGAAUUUGGGCAUUGACAAGAGGGUGACUAGGUUUGUUCUUCCUGUCGGAGCCACAAUAAACAUGGACGGCACUGCUCUGUAUGAAGCCGUGGCUGCCAUUUUUAUUGCACAGAUGAAUGGAAUAAUACUGGAUGGUGGGCAGAUCGUAACUGUCAGUCUGACAGCGACAUUGGCUAGUGUCGGAGCAGCCAGCAUCCCCAGCGCUGGACUGGUCACCAUGCUUCUUAUCCUGACGGCUGUAGGCCUUCCCACACAGGACAUCAGCCUGCUUGUUGCAGUAGACUGGCUCUUGGACCGGAUGAGGACAUCUGUCAACGUUGUGGGCGAUUCCUUUGGUGCAGGUAUAGUCUACCAUCUGUCCAAGGCUGAGCUGGAGAGCCUGGACAAGCAGCAUGCACAUCAGGAAAUCGAAAUGACCAAGACACAGUCUGUUUAUGAUGACAUGAAGAACCACAGGGAGAACAACUCCAACCAGUGCAUUUAUGCAGCUCACAAUUCCGUGGCAGCAGAUGACUGCAAGGUACCAUUCACCUUUAUGGAUAUCGAGACCUGUAUAUAGGACUGCAUGCUCUUUGCAUGUGCAUGUACUGUGUAUUCUCUUAUCGGUUUGUCUUUUUCUAAUCAUUAUAUUUUGGAGUGUUGUAACGAGCCCAGCUCACCCCUAAUAUAGUGACCAAAUCUUGUGGGUGUACAGUAUCACCUGCUGUGUACAGUUGCCAAGAGUGAGCCUCACGGUGUAUACAGUGAUACAGUGUAUCAUGGAAUCGUAUUGACGGUCUGCAAAGGAUUCUGGGAGGGGCUACUCACAAAGGUGGACGGUGUCUCCGAUUAUGUAUUGGGCCUGUUUGGAAGAGUGUUUGUGUAUGUGUGAGAGCAGUCAAUACCAACUGCUCUGAAAUUCAUAAGGGUAGUCCUGGGGUAAUUGGCUGAAAAUAAAAAAUAGGUGGAAUUUUUUUGAAAUUUACCUAUAGUUAUUGAAAACAAAUAAAACUACGAAAGUCCUCGAAUAUUUGUUUUUUUAAUAGACGGGAUUAAAAAAAUAUUUUAAAGUUCAUAAGGUCUAUAUAACUGUUAUUGUUCUUUCUUAUAAUGCUAUAAAAAAAGACCUUGUAGAUAUAGAGAAGAAGCAGAAAGGGGUACCUGGGUUUAUUUGUAUGUAUUAUGAUAUCUAAGUUUAGUUUGUGUAUUUUGAGGCUUGGAGAAGGAGAGAGAUAGCAAGAGAUAAAAUUGUGAAAGAUGGGUGUACUGUGGAUUCAUAGCUUGUUGUGGGCAGAAGAGAGCAUUUCUUCUCUGUAUAUUUGUAUUUAGACAUAAGGGUGGAAGCUGCCACCCAUUUCCCCUUUUUGUGGGUGCUAUUAUUAAGUUUUAUCUAAUGUGCUUGUUGUAGACAUAGGGUAACUUCCAUGUUACACAGUAGACUGUGGGUAGCGCAUCCUAAAAGGCAUCCCAUUGUUCUGACACAUGUGGUAUUCCAAAAUUCAUGGCACGGUCAUGUUAAUAAAGCAACUGCUUUACUCGCUGUUGGACUUAGAUGAGCAUCUAAAGCACAACCACGCCCACACAAUACCAGGCUUCCUUGGGAUGACAGGACUUUUCCACUUUGAGUUCCUGUGCCAACCACAAAGUCGUUUUCCGGGGGAAUAAACCCGCUCUACAGGAGGACAGAGGCUUCAUGCCAGGACAAGUUUCAUGGGGCACCCUGCCAGGGUGAACUUAUUCCUGGGUACAGACCCAUAUGUCAGUUAACAAGUGCACAAUAACAGGACAACAGAAAAUAUAUUUUUUCAAAGGUCUGUUUUUGUUGAAGGGAAAGUUCAGCUGAAAAAUUAUAAGAGGUGCUAGCCGUUAUGUUUUAUAAAAUCUACAUUUUGUUUAGUAUACAGUAGGUAUAUGUAGUUUAUGUCUGUAUCGGUAUAAACCUUUGUAACUUUGCAACAUUUUUUUGCUCAAUAAGCACCUGUGGACGCAGAUCUGCUCUUCCCCCAUGAAUACAGAGGGAUUUUGCAUCCGUUAGUGCUCUAGCACUUGUGUCUGGGGUCAUUUCAUUUAAAAUGACCUCUAUAGACUAUGGUACUGAAAGACCGUUGGACAGUGGUCUUCUUUUGUUUGUGGUGUGAUGUUUUUCAGUUAUAUUAUGCCCAAUAUAUGCCCAAUGGCACUUACCCAUAGCAACCAAUUACAAACCUAUUUUCAUUUUAAUACCUGAUCAUAGGUUAUGAUAGCUCCAGCUGUGAGUCUCCAUUUUUUCGAGUUUAAUGUCACCUUUAAUUAAAAUACUGUUGUUAGUAUCGCUUACAAAAAGAUCAUUUGACUGUAAACUUGGCAAUGGCCUGUUUUAUAUUUGGGGUACAGCGGCUUAACUUGCAUUAAUGUGUAUAUAUAUAUGACUUUCUUUUGUAUGAUCAUUUCCAUGUUUACAAGUGUGUAUUUCUUUGUGUACGGCAUGCACUUUCCAGCUCGUUCCCCCUACAGGAAUGCUUUUGAAAUGUAUGUUGUUAUGUUUCCAUGACUGAAUGCUCUCACACGUACAGUAUUUCCAUCACAUCAAGUACCAGUCGUGUCUCUAAGUGUUGCGCCCACUUGGCGGAUUCUUAGCUCGCAAGGUAAGGCCUGGGCUGCUUGAUAAGGAGACAAAGUAGAGAUUAGACAAUGCUGCAUUGCGGGGGUCUCCAGGCACAAGAAUGCACCUACUAAGGAAGGAAGACAUUUUUAUGGUGCUCUCCAUCUCCAAUAAGGGAUUACUUCUACCCAAUGUUUUUUUUGGGAAGUAAAAAUGGAGCAGGUUGACAUUAAAGGGGAGAUAUAAAUUAUAGUAUUAUUAGUGGGUGCUAGCAAUGAAGAGUUCAAUAAAAAAAAAUACAGAUUCUGUAAAGCUUUUGAAAUAAGUAUAUUGGGAGAUGGUGCCCUACAUACCAUGCUACGGUCAUCCAGCAGAUCUGUGGGGGAACCAUUCAUGUUACACCCCUCUGAUGUCCUUUGGGCUGCUAGGCCAUAACCCCUGUAGGCUAAUUGUAAUGGGAUUAUAACAUAAUAGGUGGGCCAUGAGAGGCGGUAAGGAAGGCACACAUUUUGCAAGCACACAAUGAUGCCAGACUGUAUAUUACCUGUGUGAUUUAGGCAACACAGAUAUUUUUUUUGCAAGAUUUGUAUUUGGCAGAAUUUCUUAGAAAUCCUGGCAAUGCAGUAUCUUUUUAUUUAAAAUCUAUUCUAUAAACUGUUUAAGUGUCUGAGGGCUCUUGACGUGAUCCUUUGACCCUUAAAUAGUCAUAAUAAUGAGUUAGAGCCUAAGCUGGUCUUUUGCCUAUAUCUGCUGUGGGCGCUUGUAGAGCAGCAGUCUGCAUGCAUCACUGCUUCUGGUUGUGGCUUUGCCUGCACUGUAUUUGCAUGAUUUCUGUUUGUAUCUUUCUCUGAUUUUUGUAUUAUGGGCAUUCCAAUAAAAAUGCUAUUCAACA